GGCGGCGGCCAUGGCGGUGCGGAGGGCGGAGGGCAGGAGCGCGGCGCUCGCCCGGGCUCAGGCCCAGCUGACGGGGAGGCGCCUCACUGGGAGGGUAAAGGGUUUGGUUUUUAAAAAUGAAGGUGCCGCCGCCGUGACGUCUUACGUCUCUUCUGCUGUGACGUCAGAGGGGCCGGCUGCGUGACGUCACGCGCGUCACCCCAAGGGGUUACCGAGGGUGGAGGGUGUCUCUGAGCAUGUGAAGAGCGCUUAUCCUGUUAGGCGUCGCUACUCUGCGCCCCGCACGGAGAGCAGCAAUAAUAAUAAUAAUAUAUAUAUAUGUAUAAUAAUAAUAGUAACAAUAAUAUAUGAUAUACAAUUGCUGUUAUUUGUAAGGGAUGAAAGGAGGGGAGAUACGAAGGUCCUAGUAACGUGGAAUUAAAAGCCACACAUGGAGAGCAGGAAUAAUAAUAAUAUAUGUCUAAUAAUAUAUAAUAAAAUAAUAAUAAUGACAACGAUAAUACAUAAUAUAUAAUAUAUAAUAGUAUAUAGUAAUGGCAACAAUAAUAUACAAUAUAUAAUAAAAUAUAAUAUUUGUAGCCCGCCCAUGUGACUGGGUUCCCCUAUGCACUUUUGAGCAGCUUCCAACAUGUAUAAAAACAUAAACAUUUUAAAUCAUAAACCUUGUUUUUUGCAAAUGCAGCUUUUAGGGACCUGCAGGAGACUGUCCUCUCCCAUGGAGCCUGGAGGAGAUGCGCUGCUUGGCUUUGAAAGCGCGGCUGUAGUUAAAACGCAGAAUUGCAUAUGUAAUUAUUUCAAAAUCUCUAUAUGCGUAAUUCUGUUUCUUAUUGCAAGUCGCUUCAGGAAGCCUCAGAGAAAGGAGUUGAAAUCAGUAGUGAUGAUAAAGACACACCCAGGUAGGGUUGCCACCUUUGUUCUGGCAAAAUUCAGGACAGGGUGGGGCGAUUUUUAUUUUUCUUUCCAUCUGGUGUUGAAGCGACUUCAGAGCAAUCCAUUCCAAUCUCUUGCACCCCAGCAGGAUGGCCGCUCUGGAAUUUGUAACACAUUCACACAUGAAUUUGUAAAUCUGUCUGUGCUGGGCCAACUAGAGCUUAAAUACAUGAUGUUUCACACACCCAUUCAAACACAUGCAUUUAGAGAGGCUCCCUAACUUGGCAGAGAGAGAGAGGACCUGAAAUACAGGACCAAACUAUAUCAAAACAGGAUGAAAUAUGGGACAGUCUUGUAUUAGACAGGACAGGUAGCAACCCUACCCAGGUGAACCCUGUUACUCACUUUUUAUUUAUUGCAUUUAUAACCCAGCCUAAGGAGGAAAAAAGAGCUUGAUUAGGCUGAGAGCCGGUGUCUGGCCCCAAAGUUCACCCGUUGAGCAUUAUAAGUAAAGGUAAAGGGACCCCUGACCAUUAGGUCCAGUCGUGACCGACUCUGGGGUUGCUGCACUCAUCUCGCUUUACUGGUCGAGGGAGCCGGCGUACAGCUUCCGGGUCGUGUGGCCAGCAUGACUAAGCCGCUUCUGGCGAACCAGAGCAGCGCACGGAAACGCCGUUCACCUUCCCGCCGGAGCGGUGCCUAUUUAUCUACUUGCACUUUUGACGUGCUUUCGAACUGCUAGGUUGGCAGGAGCAGGGACCGAGCAACAGGAGCUCACCCCGUCAUUGCGGGGAUUCGAACCGCCGACCUUCUGAUCGGCAAGUCCUAGGUUCUGUGGUUUAACCCGCAGCACCACCCGCGUCUCUGUUGAGCAUCAUGGCCAAGUGGGAAUUUGAAACCCUCUUCUCCCAGGUCCUAGUUUGACACUAACCACUAUGCCACCUUGGCUCUCCUGUCAUCCCCCCAACCGUCUUCCUAAUAUGACACCUCUUAACCCUCCGUCCUUCUCCCUGCAGGAGGAGCUGGACGGGGCUCCCAGGAACAGAUUGGCGGCCUUGGAGCCCAGCAAAAGCCCUGGCCUGUCUGCCAUCCACAUGGCCAGUGACCUGAGCGACCUCUCUGACCUGGGAAGGAGGGAGCUGGAGGGGGCCAGCUUGGCAGAGACCCCAACACCACCGCAGACUGGACCCCGCCGCCGGUUUGUCAAGCAGAAACCGCAGGAGGUGGUCCUAGACACCCAGCAGGCAAGGCCCAGUCCUGCCACAAGGACGGGGUUUGCCGCAGCCUCCAGAGGGGAGAGGUCAAGCGCCGUCCUCAGGAAGCUGGCGCAGAUCGAGAGCAAGAUCCGCAGCCGGAAGGCCGGGCGGGAUGUCGGCCAAGCGCCCACGACGGACGAGGAGAUUUCCCUGAGCGACUUCAGCCGCAGCCCUGAGCCGAGGCUGGGAGGACGAGGGAGCCUGGGAAAAGCCAUGGGGCUGAAGGAGACCGCGGUCCCCAUCCGAGGCAGCAGCCAGGGUGGCACUGAGGGACGCAGGCAGGCCCUUUCCAAGGAAUCAGGGGAGCAGGAGGACCUGCUGGGCAGGAAGGUAAUUCGGGGGCCGUGCCUAGGCUUCACAGCGCUGCUGGGGAAAAUAAGGGCGUGUCUUACUGACAAUGGCAGUCUGGGUUUUAUUGGCCGUCCAGGCUGAGCCCACAGCGUGUUGGGCUUUGAACCCCAACAUUUCCCCAACAGCGCUUCUGUCUGAAAAAGUGUGGAAAAGGCAGGGUGGGGGGCGCUCAGCAACUUGCCACUUGGCCCUCCGCUCUGGCCCGUGAGGCAGUGGCCCCUCAGCUGUUGGCUUCUCCAGAUCCUAACUCGGAUGAGAAGAGCAGAUCCUGCUCAGAUUGGGGCGGACGGCAAGAAGACCAGAGGCCAACUUGGCCUCUGCAAAGCACAGCAUCUGUGGCAGGUUCCAUUCGGCUGCAGGAGGAGUGGUGGUGGUCGUGAUCGUUUGGGGAUGCUCAGAGCCGCAGUGACCUGACCCUUUCCCUCCCGCAUGCUUUCUUAAGAAAUGGAUCCGGUCCCCACCUUCUUCCCGCCCGAGGUCUCCUUUGCCCGGCAAAACUUUCCUGAAGAGGCCCACGCCCAGGAGUCCUUCCCCACCCGGCAAGCCCCCCCCGGCACGGCUGAGCAGGGGAGCAUUUCGUUCCUCGACCCCCGCAGGCUCCUCUUCCCCCGACGCCAGCUCUGUGCCCCUGAGGGAGGCGUCUCUCUCCGAGCGAAGCGUGGUGCGGUCCCUCGACGAGCUCUUCUUAGCAGUGGGCGGCGGGCCCAGCGACGACGACUCCAGCAGCAGCAGUGGUGAGUCGCCUGUGCGAGAGAUGCGCCAGCAGAGGAAUGCGUGUCUCUGGCAAAGGGAGAGCCAAGUUGAAAGGGAGCAGGAAGCAAGUGGAGGGAGCUCUGUGGGCAGAAUCCGCUCGAGGGGGGCUGGUCGAGGGUGAGAAUGAGGUGACCCGGGUCCUUGCCCUGGCCUGGGCACUCCUUGGCUAACAAACGACUGUGGAGGCUGCUGUGGUGAGAAGAGCAGCCUCUGAGGUCAUACACUUCCUGUGGGGAAUUGCAGGAAAAAGGGGGGCAGCUCCUGGACCCCGGGAGGUGGGGAGAGACUCCCCCCCCCCGCUGCUGAAUGUCCAUCUCAUUCCCUGCUGCAGAUUUCAGAGUGAACGUGUUGAGCCUGGACGACUUGGCCCCUGCUGCAGCCAGCCAGACCGAAGUGUCAGGAGCAGUAAGUUUAGGGAAGUUUUCAACGUCUGAUUUUUUAUUGUGCUUUUAAUUCUGUUGGGAGCCGCCCAGGGUGGCUAGGGAGGCCCAGCCAGAUGGGCCGAGUAUAAGUCAUAAAUUAUUAUUAAUAUUGCUGUUAUUUCGCCCCAUCCUCAGCAGGAGCCAAACGUUUGCCACGUCUGUUUCUUUCUGGUGGCGUGAGCGUUGCAAGGAAACCACAACCAAGAGUCUUAAUAACAAUUAUUAUUAUUGCCAGGGUUUUUUUUCCUCUGCCAGCUUCUGGCCAAAAGAGGUCCACCACGAGGGGGCUCAAAAAAUCAACAUCCAAAUUACGGAAAAAAAAUGCAACUUAGAAAAAUGUAAAGACAACGUAACCUUUCAGAAAAAACUAAAAGAGCCAGACGUGCUCAUUUUCCUCCUAUGCAAAGGCAAAUAGAGGCGCCCCCCCAAAAAAAACUUGCCUGAGGGAGCAGAAGUCAGCCCUGAUGGAACUGAGCUCCUCUUCCUUUUCAGGGAAAACUCAUUUGCUGGAGCUGCAAGAGACUAGCUUGGAGAUGAGCGUAGAGCAGCCUGCCUGGGGGUGAGGGAUGGGCUGUGACUUGAGUUGCUAGCAUGGAGUUUGCCAUUCAAGGUUGGCGGUGUGGGGGGGGUGCUGUGCUUCAGAGACCCUCGUUGCCUCCGCGUCUCACAUUAUACUCACAGGAAAACGUCCUUUCUAGGCACCUGCGAUGCCUACGGAGUCAAAGGAGGAGCUGGGAGCCUCCCUCUUUGCUGCCGUCAGCCAGAGCCCCUUCAAAGCCCAGAGCCCCCCCAGGAGAGAAGCUGCUUCCCUGGAGGAGGAGGAGGAGGAGGAGGAGACGGAGGAAGACGAUGAUCCAGGAGACACUGAGAUUUCCGAGCGGCUAAACAGCACUUCUGCUGGGAGCUCCCAUCCCGAGGAGGAGGAGGAAGAGGAAGAGAAUCCCACCAGCGCAGAGUAUUCGGAGGACUUUGAGUCCUCGGCAGCAUCUGGGGAGCGACCCUCCUCCAGGGACCCCUCGGGUGCCUGGGCGCCUUCUGAGCAUCCUGCCUCGUCCUCCCUCACCUGCCCUCCAGGGGGCGCCAGGACCACCUGCCUGCCAGCGAGGGUCCUCAUGAAGGAUGCUGCCGUCCAGACAGGCCGCUCCUCUCUGGCCUAUUGCUGGCUGCAAGGUAAGCCGCUCCCGGCCGAGGCUGGGCGAGAUCCGUGCAAAGCGCCGACGUCCUUCUAGGCCUGGCCCAGGUGCCUCCGGUGCCCCUGCCGGUCUCUCACGAGCGUCUCGUCCUUUCCCUCCUCCAGGCGACGCUCCUGCAGCUCUGGGCCCAACGAUGGGAGCCGAGAGCCUUCUGGAGACCCCGCCCAUCGCCAGCCACGUCGUGAGCUUGGAGACACUGGAAGGUACCCCUCCCCUCCCUCGAUCCUUCAAUCAAGCGCCAGCUGAACCCAGCCUUUAUUCAGUUGUGUGGAAUGCCGAAGGGCGCAGGAACAGGUGGCAGAGACCUCUAGCCCCAAAACCCCAGGCAGCCAUUGCUGCCGGUCGACGGCGUUGCCUCUGUCCCCCUUGAAAGCGCUGGGGGUCCAGAAGAGAGGUUCCUUCCCUAUGGGGCCUGAGCAAAGGCUGCCCUAGAGCUAAGUCUGGGGACCUGGGAGCCUUUGGCCCUGCCAGGCCUCUCUUCCUCCCCACACCCACCUCCCGUUCUCCCACCCGCAGCGCUGACCACCUACAGCCCGGCCGUCUUCGCCCUGAACGAGCUGCUGAAGCAGAACGUGCUGCUCAUCCGGCAGUUUGCAGACGCCACCCGCCAGCUCCACGCCUCCUGGGUGGCGUCUCUGGAGGAAGAGAGGGGCUUCCACUACCACACCCUGGAAGAAGCCAAGGAGGUACCGCUCGCUCACAGGCCCUCCUUAGGGCAGCUGCGGCCAGCCUGGCACCUGGCAGGCGUUUGGGACCGCAGUGGCUGUGCUGGCUGGGGGAGGGUGGGAGAUGCAGUCCAAAAUGUACCUACGGGCCCGCCUCUCCUGGUGUGCCCCGUGGAGCACAAAGGUCCACAAAUGACAACACUUUGGAGGUCCCAAGCCGCAAGGUGGUUAGAUUGGUCUCAACUAGGGCCAGGGCCUUUUCCGUACUGGCCCCGACUUGGUGGAACGCUCUGUCUCGUGAGACCAGGGCCCUGCGGGACUUGACAUCUUUCCGCAGGACCUGCAAGACAGAGCAGUUCCGCCUGGCCUUUGGUUUGGACUCAGUCUGACCCUUAUGUUUCCCCUCCCCUUAUGGUCUUGAUUUAUCAGCUCCUUUAAAAUGAGGCUGCAUUUUAAAUUGUACCUUAACCUGCAUUUUAAAUCCCUGUGGGUCUGAACCUGCUUUGUCCCUUUACAGUACAUCGAGCGCCACAAGCCCCCGCCUCUGACGGUGGAGCAAGCUUUGCGAGAAGAACUGGAGUGCCGAGGGCAAGCUGUCUUUUGAAAAGCGCAUGGGAGGGACGUCAGAACUGGCCCUCUGGAACGAGAAAGAAUCUGCUCAGGAACGGCCAGCACUUUUACCGGAAUGAAGAGCCGGGCUCUUUCGGAGCAAGAAAAGCAGAGGCCAUCCAAAUCACGGGAGAGGGGGGAGAGGCCACUGCCCCAUCGACUCCUGCACAGCCCCCCAGGACCAUACAGCUUCAACCAGAGCCCUGAAUAGAAACCUCAGCAGAGAUCGAAUUGGGGAGGGAGACGAAAGGACACCCGGCUGUGUUUUGAGCGUGCAAAAUUCAGCUGUGCUUGGGAUGAAACCACUUGUACGUGGGUGAGAAUGCGGAGACGGGCCUCCCCACCAAAAUAAAUUGCACAAUCUGUAUAGAGGGAGGGGGAAAAACUUUCUUUAUUGGAAGGCAACAGUAAGAACGAGGCGGGUAGCUGACUCGGAGCAACCCGAGAGGCAGCCGAGAAGUCUCACAGGUACAGAAGUCGAUCUUCAACAGUCGCUACAUCAAGCUGGGCGCGGGCGGUUGCGAAAGGGGUCUACUGUACAGGGAGGGGGCUGUGUCUCCCCUCGGGGCGCUGGUGGUCUCCGGGCACCCCCCUCUUGGGGCGUUUGGGCAGGAAAGGAGGGCGGCUUCGUGUUUUGAAACAGGCGGGUUGGGCAAGGAGCGUGGGGGUGACACUACGGAAGAGUCGGCCUACUCAGCUCCUUUUCAAUCUUGCCCGAAAGUUAUGUACAAAAAUAGAAAAGGCCCAAAUAAUUUCUCUUCUCGCAAAGACAUUCUUGGGAGCAGGUUAGCCCUCUGCACCCCGAUGAGCAGGAGGGGGGUCAUCUGGGGCAGGGGGGUGGCGGUCAAGAGGUACAGUAGAGAGCCUCAAUUCACGUGGCCAGGCCGGGGCUCGGGCGCUGAUGGACGACUGGCUGGGCUCCCUCGGGUCUGAGCGGCGUUAAGCUUUGGGAGGAAAAAAAGAAGGGUCAGGCGGGAUCCCGGGGGCAGCAGAAGCCCACAGUCCUGGGCUAGCAGGAUGGGGGGUUGCAUGCCACACUUAAUGAAAUGACAGAGGAAGCGGGCCCUUCCUGCAGCCAGCAGGGAGGCGGGUACCCUUAGCUGCCCCCAUGAAGACACCCACCUGAAAGAGGGUUGCCCCAGUUCCUGCCCUCCUUCGCACUGGCCUGGCAACCUCAAGAGACCCUCCCCCCUUUCUAGCUUUCCCCGUGCCAAAGGGAAGGGUUUGGCCAAAGCCCUGGGGCCGAGCAGCCUGCUGGCUCCCCACACGUUUGCCCUGCGGCUCGUGGAAGCCCUUCUGCCUUAGCGUCUCGGGGAGAUGGGGUCUCGCCGUCCUCGCCAGGUGGUUGCUGGCAGCCCACCAGCAAGGGUGCAGUAACGCCGUCCUAUAGAUUGAAAGCGAACCGGAAAUGGAACGAGGGGCUUCCUCCUCCCCGCAGCCGGGGGUCAGACGCGGCAGCUUGCCCACUUACUUUCGUCCCUGGCCUUCAUGCGGGCAAUGAAGGAGUAGCUCUUGUUCCUCCGGUAGUUCUCGUAGGGGUCGUCCAGGGCCACCCCCACGCCCUUGUACUGGUCCCACUUGUCUCGGAUGUCGCCGCCUUUAAUGGGGUCCUGGAUCCCCUGCUCCUUGGCCCCCAGCCCCCCGGAGCCGCUCCACCCUGGGGGAAGGGAAAAGCAGGCGGUUGGCAGGAGGAGGGAGGGAGGUGGCGUCAAAGCACCUCUAUCCGGAAACCUCUGACCCAAUGGCAGAGGAGCCCAGCAGCAGCAGCAGAAUCGGACCCAAAGGGUCCUGACCCGGCAGUGGCCAAUCAGGUGCCCCCAAACCUGAGAGCUGGACUCAGGCGCCACAGCAGCGACUUGCCCCAGCUGUGGCUGGCGGGUUGCAGCUGUCUGCCCAGUCGUCAAACGCUCUAGGUUGGCAGGCAGACCCACAGAAUUGUCGGAAGGGACCCCGAGGGUCAUCCAGUCCAACCCCUGGAAUGUUUCACUCAACGUGGGGCUCGAACCCCCGACUCUGAGAUUAAGAACUCCGUGCUCUUACCGACUGAGCUGCCUGCCCCAGAGAGAGAAGGCGAUUCCUCUGGAAGGCUUUUAAUUCCACGUUACUAGGACCUUCGUAUCUCCCCCCGCCCUUUCCUCCCAAGGGUGGCCUACACAGUUCUCCCUGUCCCCAUAUGAGCCUCACAACGCGCCUGCAAGGUAGGCAUCAGGGCAGGGAGUCAACGACCAGCCUUGGAGCCACCCAAUUCCUGUCCGAGUGGGAAUUUGAACCCAAGUCCUCCUAGCCGGACACCCUCUAACCACCGGAGGCGUGGAACAGGCCCCCUAGACUGACCCCACCCCUGACGGACAGAGCCAACGGGCACCAGGCUGCCUUACCCAUCUUCACCAGCAUCUGGUGCCCCUUGUUCUCCUCUCCGAGUCUCGAUUCGGGGAUGGGGGGCCCCGAGCUGGAUCCCAAUCCGGCCGAGGAGCUACAGACGGGGCGGGAGAAACCGAGGAGAAGUGAGGAUUAUCUUGUUGAUCCCUCGACCCCCAACCCUUCCCCUCCCAAGCCCCUUCGCCGAGUCAAAUCUUACGGAGGCGUCUGGCUGCGGGAUCGGGACCGGUGCCGCCUUCCGGGGGAGUAGGAUUUCGACCGGGACCUGGACCGAGAGCGGCUCUGAGAGGACUGAGAGCCGCUUCUGCUCCUGGGAAGACGGACGGGGAAGAAGGAAAGUCAGCCCCUCUCUCUCUCGCGAAGAGACUGCCCAAAAAUUGUCUCUCAAUAACUUCACUCUUGUGGUUUAUCCCCACGACAGCUACUCACUUUGAGUGUUAGUAAAGCAAACAGCCUAAUUUGUCAGCGCCUAAAUGAUAAUCAAGCGUCAGAACAACUUGGCCACAAUAUGGAAAUUUUGCCCAUGGCUUGGCUAUUUCCCACCUUCCUAUUUCGACUCUCUGGCACCCCAUCUCCAUAACCGAGAAAUUCCAAAAUACAGACGCGCUAUUACUCUCGCAAGAUUGAAUGUCUUGCCCUUGGCUGGACUUGAGGGACGAUUCCAAAAGAUCCCACAUGAAAAACGUCCCUGUGGAAAUGGCCAUCCGGAAUUGGUGGCGUAUGCCCUUCUGGCUUGCCCUCUUUGUAAAGACUUGAGGAAUGAGAUUAUCACCUCUCUUUUAUCGUCCAUUCCGGGUCGCCUAGCCAUUGCCCCAGUGUCCUUUCUCUUGGCAGAUCAAGAUGAGCAGGUGACAGCAAAGGUGGCAAGGUUUUUCGCUGGGGCAAUCGGAGUAAGAUCCACUAUUUGACUACUGAUUCAAAACCCAAAAAUGUAUUUUAUAUAAUUGACUUUUUAUUUCUAUUCUAUGUAUAUCGUAUUGUUUUAUUGCUAUGGCUGACGCAAAUAAAGAUUCAUUCAUUCUC